GUUUGGAGCUUACAGUUUCUUAUUACACGUGAACUAAACUAGCACGUGUCGAGUCUGUGAAUAUGUACAUUUUUUAUGAAAAUAUAUAAUUGUCUCGAUUGAUUACUCCCUAGUAAAACGAUUGUGAACGAAAAUGGCAAAAUUCUGUUUAAAAAAGGGAAGCAAGAGGGUUUCCGCACGAAAAAGGUACAAGAUCGAGAAAAAAGUGCGGGAGCAUAAUCGCAAAGUGAGAAGAGAGGCAAAGAAAAAUCCCAAGAGCAAAAAAAAAGCAAACACGGUCCAAGUGCCCAAUUCAUGCCCAUUCAAGGAAGACAUAUUGAAAGAGGUGGAAGCACUCAAGAAACAGCGAGAAGAAGAAAAGCAGAAACAACGUGAAGCAGCUCGUGAGAGAAAGCGUGAACAGUUGAGCGGAAAUCUAGAGGGACUCGUGGCUCAGGCUCAGAAUAAACAAAUCCAACAUGAAUCUUCAGUAGUAAAAUCCUCAGCCAAUGAAACAGAAAAAAAACCAGUCAAGCGCGAAGAAAACUCUUUGAAAGCACAUUAUAAGGAAUUUAAAAAAGUUUUGGACGCUGCUGACGUCAUCCUUGAAGUUGUCGAUGCAAGAGAUCCAUUGGGAACGAGAUGCAAACAGGUUGAGGAGGCAGUGCAAACUGCAAAAGGAAAUAAAAGACUAGUGCUAGUCUUAAAUAAAGCAGAUUUAGUACCCAGGGAAAAUUUGGACAACUGGCUUAAAUAUUUGCGUCGCAGUUUACCGGCAGUAGCUUUUAAAUCGUCAACACAAGAUCAAUCUAAGCGACUAGGCAGAAAGAAGCUUGGUAAAAAAACAGAGGAUUUGAUACAAGGAGGCGUAUGCUUUGGAGCCGAAUUACUGUUAUCCUUGUUGGCUAAUUACUGUAGAAAUAGCGGAACAGUGAAGACCAGCAUUCGGGUCGGUGUGGUUGGCUUGCCAAAUGUUGGAAAAUCUAGCGUUAUUAACUCUCUGAAAAGAAGUAGAGCAUGCGACGUUGGAAACACUCCAGGAGUGACAAAAUGUGUCCAAACGGUACAACUGGACUCAAAAAUCAAGUUAUUAGAUUCUCCUGGAAUAGUAUUCGCCAAUCCUCAACAAGAUAAAGAUAGUCCGGAUGACUCCUCUGUCGCGCUUAAAAACGCUGUACGAAUAGAAGCCCUGCAAGACCCAUUUACACCAGCCUCAGCCAUAUUGAAGCGUGUGUCCAAGAAGUACAUGAUGGAGUUGUAUGAUAUUCUUGAAUAUUCUUCUCCAGACGAAUUCUUUGCCAUGAAAGCCGCGAGAAUGGGCAAAUUCAAAAAAGGUGGAAUACCAGAUGCUACAGCAGCAGCCCGAGGAGUCUUAGCUGAUUGGAACUCGGGAAAAAUUCGAUACUAUACCUUGCCUCCAGAAGAUUCAGCUUCACAACUAUCUGCUGAAAUUGUUCAACAGUUUGCAAAAGAAUUUGACAUUGAUAGUUUCGCAACUGAAGAAGCUAUGAUGUUGGAUCAUGUUGGAGCAGAAGCAGCAAAGGCAAAUACAGCUGAAAGCCUUGUUUGCGACAGUUCAGGUCCUGUUGAUUCGGCUAUGGAAGUUGAAAUACAAGAAAAGCGUGCGCAAAAGAAGAUGGCCGUACUUGAAGUCAACAAAAAGAAAGCUAAGAAAGGUGACCCCAAAUCCACACCAAUAGAAGGAAGGAAAAAGAAAGUUGAACCACUUUUUGAAAUCGAAGGGAAUCAAAAAUUGAAUAAACUGAAUAAGAUACAAUUUAAAAAACUCAAAAAAGAGCGAGCAAGAGGAGAAAAAGCAGCAACAGGACUUGCUCAAGUAUUAGAAGAUAUACAAAUCACACCCUCAGAUGACUACAACUUCGAAACUGACUUUAAACCCAAGUAAACAUUAUUACGAAUACUGGAAGGCAAUAAUCGGUAAGGGGACACAAACCCUAUUCAUUGGACACUAAAAAAUAAACAUUGCAUUCAUAAGUAUGACCGUAAUAUAA